CCAGGAGCUGUAGCUUGGCGUCUGAGUCGUAAGCUAGGCGCAGGUGGCAGAUUGGUGCGAACAACGAGCUCCAACUUGACAAGUUCUAGAGACAUCUCCUUAUUGAAGAUAGAGCAACUCUGCAAAUCGCCGUAGGCUUUGACCGAUUGUCAGAGAGCGCAUCCGACUUUCCCCCAAUUCCGCACCCCCAGCAAUGAUAUCCCGAUAGCCUGCGAACCGCCGUGGCCGCCAACGUCGAUGUCGGCAUUCAGCGACUUGUGAUCGCGAAGUCCAACCCCCGAGUUACGCCGCAAACAUGUUCUCUUCGCCUACCGGAGCGAAAUCGACCGGCAACAUCUCAGCCCUUUCGCCGUCGCCCGGAGGCCGCUCAGAGUACCCAUUCCCAGCUCAUGGGCAAGGCACGGGGCGCUCGACGUCUAGGAGGAGCUCGACAGCUUCCUCCAUUCGCUCUGUCGGUGAGACUUUGGAUAGCUCGAGUGGUUUCAAGGAUGCGAUGCACGAAUCUGGGCAGAAUGCUAUCUCGACCUUGUUGCAGCCACCAAUAGUCCGUACUGGCCUGUCCGGUUUGGCAGCAUCAGCCUCCAACGUGCAUAAGCCGCCGACAACCCGAGAUAUCCCGCCUGUCACCUUAACAAACAUUGAGCAUGUCGAGUCGGAAGAAUUCGCGCCAUACCUGAGCCAAUUUGGAGCCCUGCAUGAACAGCUGAAACGGAUCAAAGAGAGCGAUUCCGAGGUGUCGUCAAAUCGAAAGGGUAGUCGUCAUGACGACGGUGGAGACGCAAGCAGUGGCGAUGGACUCUUGCGCCCUGGUGGUCGCUCUAGCAUGACGAGGAAGGGUUCCGCGGCCUCGCUAUCAUCCUUGAACUCGAUAGAGGCGCCUAGCCCGGUGCGGAGAUCAAGCUCGAAUUUCGGACGAAAAGCUGCCCAAGGACCGCCUCCCUUGUCUACGAUUCCGACAGUGUAUUUUGACGAGGACUUUCACCUCGAGAAUCCGAGAACGUUUGACGUGGUGAGCGAACGGUCUGAGGUGAUCCGACCAUCGCAGACCGAGAACGAUAACAAGACGGGUCUCGACGGAGACGCGGCUGCGCCCCGAAAGGCCCUCGCGACCAAUGCUAUUCUGCAGGAGAAGCUCUCGUGGUACAUGGACACCAUUGAGGUGCAUCUGAUCAACUCGAUAUCAACCGCUUCGACAACAUUUUUCACAGCGCUGGGUUCAUUGAAGGAACUCCACUCCGAGGCUGCCGAUUCCGUACAGCGCAUCAAGGCGUUGAGGCUGGAGCUGGAGGCCUUGGACAAGGAGAUUGUAACACAGGGCUUGGACAUUGUUAAGAAGCGUCAACGAGAAGAGAAUUUGCGUCAACUGAAUGACGCUGUCUUACAGUUAAGGCUGAUCGUUGAUGGCGUGGCCGACUGUGAGACUCUUGUCGAGAAAGGCGAGGUCGACAAAGCUCUGGACAGCAUCGACUCUCUGGAGCACCUGAUUGCAGGAGAGCGCGAGACCUCGCAGGUUGUGGCGGAAGAUAUUCAUCUGCGAGAUCUGAGGGGCGCGACUGCGCUGCAGGGUGUCAAUGCCGACUUGAUGACGUUGCGGAUGCGUGUGGGCAAGGCAUACGAGGCUCAAUUUGCCAAUGUGUUAUUAGGCGACCUCAAGAAACACAUGGAGUCGUUGUCUUCAACAGACAUCUUGCUCCGAUGGAGCCACGCCGCCUCGAGGGCGAGAGGUGGCCACGCCAGAUCGCCAUCGAUUUUUCCAAGCUACCUGACAGGAACAGAAGAGCUGAAGCGACAGUUGGCACCCACGAUUAAAGGUCUCGACCGCGCGCAGCAUGUCGCUGCGGCUGCCAUCAUCUAUCGGGAGAUUGCGCUAAAGGAGAUCCGUAACCUCAUUCGACGGCCGUUACCCAGCUCCAGUGACGACGACAAUGAAUCCAUGAUGUCGGUAUCGACCGCUGCUAGUGGAGGGCGAGGUCGCUCAAGCCAAGAAAAAUCGUCGAUACUUGCCAGAAACCUGCGCGCAUUGGGCCCAGACGAGGCCGAGGAACUGUUGGCGACAAUCUACGUGAGCGUCACAGAAACGCUACGCAGAUUAACGACCCAAACCAAGGUUAUCCUCGACAUUGCCAGCUCACUGUCGGCGGCACCAAACGGGGAUGGGCUCAAGUCUCCGCCCUCUAGGUCGCCGAUAUCGAGUCCACGACUAGACCGGAACAUGCCUCCGUUUAGCGGUUUCCAAUUACAAGAAGAGCUGCACAAAACGCUCGACGUUGCGAAUCUGCUAGGUCAAGCGGUCGACGUGGCUAUUGACAAGAUCGUCAAGGUCCUCAAAGUGAGGAACGAGCAGGCCGGAAGCCUGCCUCUCGACUUCUUCCUACGGUAUUUCACGAUCAACCUCUACUUUGCGAACGAGUGUGAGGCCAUCUCGGGCCGCAGCGGCACUGCCUUGAAGAAUGUGGUUAAUAGCCACAUCAAGGACUUUGUGCAGAGAACCAGGGAUGCCGAGAUACAGAAGCUUGCACAGGGGAUGGAGUCGGAUCAAUGGAACGCCAAGGACUUUAGCGACGAGAAUGCUGAGCUCCUGGGGCAGCUGCUUGACGCUAGUACCCACGACCCAGAGGCGUGGUCUGAGAGGACCAAGAUAUGGGUGCCGUACCACGAGAUUGAGAAGGCCGAGCGAGAGAGUACUGCGUCGACGGAGCCGAAUGGCAGUGGCAAGGACAAGGGGCGCACGGCGACCAUUGACUCUGAGAAGUUUGUGCUCCCUUCGUCGGCCAUCCUCUGCAUGCAAGGCACGGCUCAAUUUCUGCACUUGAUUGCGGGCAUACCUUCCAUGACUACAGAUAUUGCUUCGUCACUGGUGGCUUAUCUGCAGUUAUUCAACUCACGCUGUACCCAGCUCAUUCUGGGGGCGGGCGCGACACGUUCUGCUGGGUUGAAGAACAUUACAUCGAAACACCUUGCAUUGGCCGCACAAGCGUUAUCAUUUAUCUCGACUCUCAUACCCCAUGUUCGCGAGUUUGUGCGUCGUCAUGCAGGCUCUGGCGCGGGCGUGUCGUCCGUCAUGGGCGAGUUUGACAAGGUGCGGAGACUGCUGCAAGAGCACCAGGAUAGCAUCCAUCAGAAACUGGUGGAUAUUAUGAGCGGACGUGCUUCGGUCCACGCAAAGGGUAUGAGGAACAUCGACUGGGAUAAGCAGGUCGAUGGUAUACACCCGUACAUGGAGACGCUGUGCAAGGAGACGAGCACAUUACACCGAGUGCUGACGAAGCACCUACCGGAGACGUCCAUCCUCAUGAUCAUGGGGCCCGUGUUUGGCAGCUACAAGGAACAACUAGGGGCAGCUCUCAAGGAUGCGGACCCGAAGACACAAGAGGGCCAUCAGAGCAUGAUCCGCGAUGUCGAGUUCUUUACAACCAAGCUAGGUAAGGUGGAUGGCUUUGGCGAUGCUGGCGAGAACCUACUCAGCGUCGCCAAAACCAAGGAAGUCAAGGCUGCGGAGCCCGUUCCCACCCCGGCUGAGGAGGAGAAGUCGCCGGAAAAGGGGUCGUCGCCGGCUGACAUGGACUCGUCUGAUUCUGUGGAGGAGGAGACUGGGACAAAGGACCCUGACCAAGGGACCACGACGGGUGAGAGUUGAGCGCCACCAAAGAAUUGGCGCGCGUCAACCGCCGUGGGGUUGAAUAUGGGGGGAACGCUUAUAGCGUAGACCUUCUUUGUGACCACCGACCACCACCGCCCGUUAUCACGACCGUGGUGUGUGUAUGAUUUGAUUCGGCAAGAGACGAUACGCUGGCUACGAGGAUGCCGUUUCAAAAUUUGUUUUUAGAAUCAUAGAAGCGGAAAGCGCGCGACAUUUGCAAUGUACAUAAGCUCACGCCAGGAGGCUCGAGUAUGGUGCCACGUCUCUCUGCCGCCUAUCAGUACUUUGUCACACGACAGUGGCCAACGCAUCGUACCAAAGAGGGGGUAAAAGCGUCGUACAUGACAUGACAAUGAAC